UUUUGACGAUGCAGUAUUUCGCCUAUAAAUACCUAUUUUUGGAGCUCUCUUAGCUCAGUUUGAAAUAAGCCUUACUUCAAGAUGAAAGUUACCAUUGCCAUUCUAGGACUUUUUGCGGCUCUCAUUUGCAGCCUGCAAUCGCCAACCGCAGCGUGUGAUGUUCAAGCAGUUUAUAAUCAAACCGUAAAGUUCUGUGAAAACCUUACAUUUGUGAACAUAUUCUUGUGCGCCGGCCUGUCUUACGGUGUGAGCAACGAAAAAGUAUUUCAGGCGCUGCAAUCUCAACAGAAGUUCGUGUGUGCCAUACCAUUUUUUGGUGAAAUCUGCAAAGUCUGCGAUUUUUCGUCUAUUAUUUCCAAUAAUCAGAAUGCCUCGAUUUCAAGCGGAAAUUCAACUGCAGGCGCCACCCGAACUUUGAAUCUUGAGGAUCUGACGCUUUAAACGAACUUCUGUACUGGAAAACGACCGAAUUGCGAAACAAACUGAAUUAAACCUAACCAACUUCUUUUUGGCAUGUCUGCCAUUAAAUAAAUUACCCAAGCAUUGCAAAAUA